UCAGUGUGGGCGUGAGGGAGCUGAGUGUGAGCGUGAGGUAGCUGAGUGUGGGCGUGAGGUAGCUGGAGUGCGUGGGAAUAUUGUCCUGAGCGUGGGAAUAUUGUCCUGAGCGUGGGAAUAUUGUCCUGAGCGUGGGAAUAUUGCCCUGAGCGUGGGAAAUAAUAGCCGGGUUAGUGUUGUAGGCGUGGGAAAAUAGUUAUAACCGUGGGAAAAUAACAAUGACUCUGGGAAUAAAUGUUGUGGGUGUGGAAAAAUAGUAAUGAGCAUGGGAAAAUGUCUACAAGCGUGUCAAAUUUGUGGUGAGCUUGGGAAAAUAGUUCUUAGCGUGGGAAAAUAGUGCUUAGCGUGGGAAAAUAGUGCUUACAGUAGGAAAAUAGUAAUAGGGCUUGGGAAAUAGGGGGAGGAACUGUGAUAAAUAGUUACCGCGGGAAAAAAUUAUUAGGGCGUGAGAAAAUAGUUCUAAGCGUGGGAAAAAAGUGUCGGGUAUGGGAAAAUAGUACUUACCGUGGGGAAAAUAGCAUCAGAGCAUGGGAAAAUAGCGGUGAGCAUGACAUAGAACCAUUCCAAGGAGCAUGAGAGCCUAGAGGUGAGCGUGAGAAAAAUCCAGUGAGCGUGGGAAAAUUACCUCCAGCGUGGGAACAAAAGUUAAAUUAGCCUCACCAAGAUGUAUGAAGGACCUGCCUCAGCCUGCACCUACCAGAACCCCUUGGACCUGAAGCGUGGCCUGCUGACCCACAACCUGCAGAACAAGACGCAAGGCCUGGCACUAGGGGGCGGGACCACCAUGAUGACUUCACCACUCAACAUCAAGAGCGAGGAAGUGGUGGCUCCUGAUUGGUCAGCCUGUACCUAUAGGUUCCCAGGACUGGCCAGCUGUGCCGCAGGUGGAAUGGACCCAAUUAAGGCAGUCACCUCCAUGGCGGUGGGGGGCCGAGGUGACGACCAUAAAGGGGGGGAAUGGUUAAAAAUGGCAGCUGUUGUACCCAGUGACUAUAAAAUGGUGACUCAAGUACCCAGCGACUCUACCAGGAUAGUGACUCAAGUACCCAGUGACUCUGCCAGGAUAGUGACUCAAGUAUCCAGUGACUAA